UAUAUCAAUAAUAAGAGGCGGUGUGAGUGUGGAAUAUAUAGGGUAGUGACAGAGACAGAUACAGACACAGGUGGGCAAGGAUCGGUAGAAGGUGGUUGGUAUCAAGGGGGUGCGCAUGGUCCCUGCGGAGCGGGGAAGGAUCACCUCUGUCGACGAGCGCGGACCUUUCUACUGGCCCGUUUGGAUGGUGAUCAGCGUGGCCGUGUUUUGACACUCGAACCACCAUGUCAGGGCUGCUUUACACGCUUUUAGGGUUGGCGGCUAGCACGAGCCUCCAUUGUGCCGUUCGCCGCGAGAUAAGCCCGUGCACCUGCCGACAGGAAGAGUUCUCCAGUUCCGUUAUCAACCCGGGCCAGUCUGCCGCUGCUGCAGCGGCUGCCGCGGUCGCUACUGCAACCGUUAACAACGCCGGCCACCAUGGAGGCCAUGGAGAACGGAUCGAGGUCGUGUGCGAGAAAAUGGACUCUUUCGAGCAAGUGGCAGGGGCGUUAAGGGGCAAAUUCACCGCUGAACAACAGAUUACCUUACGUGUCGCGCAUUCGAAUCUCAGGGAUAUAUCGCGGCACGAUUUUAAAGAGCUGCGGAUGUCCAUCACGAAACUCGAGUUGAAUCACGAUCGACUAGGGUUCGUAGAUGGUGAAGUUUUUGCGGGGUUGGGAAGAACGCAAUAUCUUAGUCUCGCGGAUAACGAAGUACCGUCGAUACCAAGACAUAUUCUGUCUCAUCUAUCUUUACUGAGGACCCUAGAUCUCAGCAGAAAUCGGAUAAAUCGUAUAGACUCGGAUGACUUUAAGUACAAUCCGACAUUACAACAUCUUCUUCUGGCCGGAAAUGCAAUUUCAGAAAUGGUGCCAGGCUCGUUACCACCGUUAGUGAAGCACUUACACGUUGGCCGCAAUCAUUUACAAAGCCUGAAUCGAACCUUACGAGAUUUGAAUCAGUUGGAGUGGUUGCUAAUUAACGCCAACGAGCUCUCGUCUCUGGAUGGCGAGCUACCGUCUUCUGGCCAUAAUCUGAAGAUGCUCUACGCCGUGGACAAUAAAUUAACUCACUUGCCGGUGGAAUUUCGUUACCUGCAUCGUUUGGAAAGUUUGUAUCUUCAACACAAUAAGAUUCGCAGUUUGGAUGGUACGCUACAAAAGGCACGUCGACUGAAAUUUCUCGAACUUUCGCACAACGAUCUGCAAGAGUUAACGGAAGAGGAUUUCAUAGAAGCUGAAAUGUUAGAGGAUUUAGAGCUUGGGCACAAUUCUUUAAAAUCGUUGGAUAGCGCGGGUGAUAAUGGCGACGGAAAUGGGGGCAACAGUGUCCUUUACCCUCUUAGAUCGCUCAAGUGUUUAAAUUUGACGCACAACGAGCUUCGUGAAUUUUCAUUCACGUCACUUCGUGGUCUGCGCGAGUUACGAAUGCUUGAUCUCUCGAACAACAGAAUCGCGCGGCUCCAUAGAGGAAGAACGCCAUCAGAGAAUUUAGUGGAAGAGGAAGGAGAUGAAACGGCAGGCGGAAAUAUUCAAGAUAUGCGACUUCAGCAUAACGAGCUACGAAGCUUGGAUGGUUCCUUGUUUCUUGGAAUGAAGGAAUUGCAGAGGUUGAAUCUAAGUCAUAAUGCUUUAGGACCAACAAUUGGUCAACGCGAUCUACGAGGUCUCGAUGGUCUAAAAGUACUCGAUCUUUCUCAUAAUGAGCUUACCACUCUUGAAGAUACAUCAGAGACGUGGCUUCCUUCUCUAGAAGAACUGAAUGCAUCACAUAAUCGUUUAGUAACGUUAUCCGAAAGAGACUUUCGUGGAUUUCCCGUUCUUUGCUGGGCAGACGUGAGCGCGAAUCGGAUACGUAUUCUGAUGCCGGAACUCGUGGCAAAUACACGGUGUACUGUUCACGGAGUGCCAGAUGUGCUUCGUAUAUAUCUGCAAGAUAAUCCGGUGUUGUGUGAUCCUGGACUCGCAGACCUGACCGUGGCUUUCGAAGUUAAUCACGCGAAAGUUUAUGGUGUUGCCAAUAAUUGUCCGACUACCGUGGCGACUCCUACCGAACAAACGUCGCCACUUCCGCCAUUACCACCGACGCUGUUGUUAGCUGCCGCGGCAGCUGCUUCCGGAGGAAAUGUUUCUUUCGCCGCGACACUUGAGUAGUUCAUUAUAAAAUAGAAUAAGAAUUCUAAGAUGUGAUCAAUCGAUAGAGAAAAUUUGAAUGAAAACGAAGAAAAACGAAGGAUCGAGAAGAAGAAUUUUUUGAUUCACAGUUAUUCGUUUGUGUGAAGCUAUGCAAUAUCUACACACGAAUAGACACACGUGAGAAAUGAUAAUAUUAAAAGUUUGUUUUAUUGGUAUUCAUUGUGAUAAACUAAAAGUGUGUGGAAAUGGGCGGUGUAAAUCUUGGUGUAACCUCGUUCCCCUUCACGUUCGACAGGCGUUUUAGUUCGUUUAAUCUAAUCCGCUUGCGUGAAUUUCUUGGAAGCAUGCAAAUGAAAAAAAAAACGUUGUAUAAUAAUAAUAAUAGAAUAAUAUAUACAUACACACAUAUAUAUACAAACAGACAUUCAUUAACAUCAUGACAUCAUAAAAAAUUUCAUAUGCGAUUAAUCUCAUAAUCGACAACUGACAAUCGUUCGCGAUCAGACGUCGGUCUCUAAUCGAUAGAUGUGUUACUACAUUUGUUAUAUGUAGUUAUUAAGUAACGAGAAAUAUAUAUUUAUUUUAGUGAAUUUUAAUCACAUAUCAUAUAGUUCGCACAGAAUAAUUCCCCAUGUGUUCGAUAUAAAAAAAAAAACAUUAUAUACUCGCUUAAAGAACAACGAGAUCAUUCUUAUCGAGAAACAAUUUAUUAACGUUUCUAUUUUUUAAUUAUAAUUAUUAAUAUGACAUUAUUACGUUGUAAAUAGUUAUUAAUUUCGUUACUUCUUAUACAUCCUAUUAACACUAGAGCUCGACGUUUUUUCGAAUGUUUCAUUUCGAAUUCCAAUUUGCAUCUAUUGUUUAAAAAUUUCAUCUACUUUUUCAUCUUUUAAUAUAUUAAAAUAAUUAUAUAUGUAUGUAGUAUAAAAAAAAAAAUAAGUAUGUAGUAUAAAAAAACUGCGCUAUAGAAAUGAUAUAAAUAAUUAAUAAGAGUACUCAAAGCUCUCGAGAUCGAUUAAGAAAUUAAUCUUUUAAUUGAACUCGAAAUCAUUAUUAAUCAUCCAUACUUCAAAGUAUUAUCCAUAACGCUUAUGUGACGUACUAUGUAUCAUGAUUUUUCGUGUUGCUUUAGAUUAUUCAUUAAUGACGUCGGUUAAUAUGUCUAAUAUCUAGUGUACAAUUAUAUUGUGUAAGAUAAUAUAUAGAAUUUCCAGAAUAAUAUUUGCACAUUUAUAUUAUAUUAUAUUAUAUUAUAUUAUAUUAUAUUAAUAAUGAAUUUUUAAAUUAAAUAUAUUAGAUAAAAAUUUGUGCACAGGUAUUAAUCGUAUCAAAACCGAUAGACAACGUGAAUACGGCUAGUAUAUAUCAUAAUA